UUAUAUAUAUUGGCUGCAUGCAUACAUAUUUUUCAAAGCUAAAACCCAAUAUUGCUUUCAUUAGCCUUGACUUGUGUGAAAGUUGUUUAGGGUUUAGCAAAUAUAAAUCUAACUUUUGUGGAUCUGCUUAUACGUGAAUGCUGAUGGCCAUGACGAGAGGCGGGGUGGCAAAAUCGAAGAUGUUUAUGCUUAGGGAAGCUAAGCACGCGCAAGGAGAUCAUCGACGCCAUUUCAGUAGCAAGCUGAGGGGAGCUCCAGAAAACAUAUCAAGCAGAAUGGUUGAGAGUGAUAGUGAGGAUACUGACAUGAUGGAAAGUGAGACUGGCAGUAAUAGUUCAUCUUCAUGGAGGUGCAACUGGGUUCCACAUCCAAGAACAGGAAUAUACGUUCCGAAAGGGCAUGAAAAGGUCAUGGAUGAUGUGCCUAAGGGAGCUGCUUCUCUUAACCAGACCUUCUGGCUCAGGAACGUCGACGGAGUACUUGAGAAACCCGACCCGGAUACUCCUCCUGAGCAUUACUAUCACUACAAGCAUAUGUAAUGUGACAAAUGGAACGUGAAUCAAUUCAUUGUGAUCGCGAUCAUCGUUAAGGUAAUAAAAAUUAGUAUUAGGGUUAUUCUGAAUAAUAUAUGGCCACAUAUGCUGUGGCCAGAUGUAUAUAUAGAAGCAGUAGUAUAGGCUGUAUAGCAGUGUAAUUAUUAAGCUUGUGCCCCUUAGUAAUUUGGCUGCAUCAUGGUGUUAGUCAUUUGUAAUUAAGGUAUAUAUAAUACAUUAUAUAUAAAAUUAUGUUUACACAUA